UUAUAUUUCUUUGUUUUUUCUGAGUCGAAAAAUGGGAGAAUUGAUCUUGGCAUCCAAAUCAAUUGCACUUACAAAAGGUGGAAAUACUACAAAGUUGCACAAUUGGGGUGAUUUGGAUAGUGUGAGUAGAAAUGUAAAUGUAAGUUUUUGGCGGCAAAAUGCAAAAGCUCAAAUCGAAAAAGGAAAGAGAGAGAUAACUGUAAAAUCAAUUGCCAGAAUGAGCAGCGGAGGCGGCGAUCGCCCGACGGUGAUGGUCACGAACGACGACGGAAUAGAUGCUCCAGGGAUUCGAGCUCUCCUUCAUGUUCUCGUCUCCUCCUAUCGAUUUAACGUCUAUGUUUGCGCUCCUGAUUCAGAAAAGUCUGCAGUUAGUCAUAGCAUCACAUGGCAAAAAGCUCUAUUUGCCAAGCCAGUAGAAAUUGAGGGGACGGUUGCUUUUGCAGUUUCUGGUACUCCUGCUGACUGUACAUCAUUAGGAAUUUCCAAAUCUCUGUUCACAUCAGUACCUGAUCUGGUUAUCAGUGGGAUCAAUAUGGGUAGCAAUUGUGGUUAUCACAUUUUAUAUUCUGGGACUGUAGCAGGGGCUCGAGAAGCAUUUUUAAAUGGAAUAGCUUCGAUCUCUUUAUCAUAUGAUUGGGUUGGAGGGAAAAGUACUAUAAAUGAUUUUAAACUUGCAGCAGAGGCGUGCUUGCCGAUAAUCUGUGGCCUGUUGGGUGAAAUCAAGAAGAAAACACACCCUCAAAACUGUUUUCUGAAUGUAGAUAUACCGACAGAUGUUGCGAAUCAUAAGGGUUAUCGACUUACGAAUCAGGGAAAGACUAUGGUAAAAAUGGGGUGGAGACAAGUUGCUUCUGAAUCUGAAGGAGGGAAAAUGCUGUCAACUAUGACUAUGGAGACAAGUUCACCAUUGGGUUCUGAAUCAACGCUUACCAAUUUAAAGCAUGAACUUGCAUUCCAAAGAGAAGUGAAGGGAUCACAAGUUGACAAUAGUGAUACAGACUACAAUUGCCUUAGAGAAGGAUAUAUAACUGUGAGUCCUUUAGGAGCCCUGUCUCCCGCAGACAUGGAAAGCCAAGCUUAUUUUAAUCAGUGGUUGGCAGGUGUUUCAGCACUGUGAAGGGGUAUUUUCUUCACAUCUCUAAAGACAAAGUCGUUGAUCAGGGUGCAUUUUACUUGUUGAAUCAUGCCAUCGACAUAUCUUGAACUAAUCUAUUCAGUUUUCUAAAAGGUUCCUAGUCCUGUCUCGGGAUCUAGGAUGUAUGGAAGGAUAUCUAGAUGGUUUGCUUAUCAUUUCUGAUCACGAGAUCUCUUUUAGAGGUAUCAUCUUCCCGGGUACGGGAUCACUUAUCAGCCUCGCACAUCCUUUAUUCAGUACCUAUAGUAGUUAAUCACAAUCUCAUUGGUUCUGUUGUUGGGACAAAUCUGAAUAGCCAUGUUCUACUUUGGUUAUAAUGAAUAAAAAUUUCAGUUUGUUA